GUCGACGGUAGGGAACCCAUUGACGGCAGGUACGCGAUGGACAACCGCGAGGUCGACGGCCGUUACAUCGCCACAUCUGACGGCCGUGACCCAGUCGAUGGUAGAUACGCGGAUCCAGCGAGAUACCCGACGAAGGAGAACUACUACGAUCGCUAUUACAAGCACCGGCCGUCGAGGGAUCACCACGUCGCGGAUACAUCAAGAUACUGAAGAGAAAAUUCGAAGGAAUGAUUCAGCAAGUACCCUGCAAGGUAUUCGUCGGACGCUGUACAGAAGACCUAACCGCGGACGAUCUACGAGAUUAUUUCUCCAAAUUCGGCGAGGUCACGGACGUAUUCAUCCCGAAACCCUUCCGCGCGUUCUCGUUUGUCACUUUCCUAGAUCCCGAGGUCGCCCAGUCGCUCUGCGGCGAAGAUCAUAUUAUCAAAGGCGUCUCGGUACACGUCUCGAAUGCCGCGCCCAAGUCCGAGGGCAACAAUAAAAAUUUCAAUAAUCAAGUGAACUCGAACAUGAGGGGCGGCAGGGGCGCGCCGGGGCCCGUCGAUAAUAAUGUGCAGGGCAAUUAUCAGGGUAACCGUUAUAUGGGCCAUUCGGGUAACAAUAUGGGCCCGAAUGGCUGGAAUAACCCCGGGAAUCGCGGUAAUCUCGAUAUGCCGAAUCUGCAGGCUCUUGGUAUCACCGGUCAAAACAACGGCGGUGGCGGUGGUGGCGGGAUGUCGAAUCCGCUGGCGAUGGGUGGUCUGAAUCUGUCCGCGCUGCCGGUCAAUCCGGCAUUGGUGGCCGCCGCUUUGAACCAGGCGUCCUGGGGUCUGAUCGGCAACCUGCAGAACCAGGGAAACGACCAGGGUUAUUCGAACCAGCCGGGUCCACCGGGCCAGCCGCCCUCCGGUAACAACAGCAUUGGCAACAGCGGCAAUUCCGGCUUCCUCAGCUGGAUGAAUCAAGGCGGUGGCGACGGCAAUACUGGCAAUCCCGGCACCGGCGGCCCCGGGCCGAAUAACCCGAACGCGUCCCAGGGCGCCUGGCAGAAUCACCCGGGUCAGCGCGAUCAGAAAUCGAAUACCUUUCUUAAGUACGAGUAAAUUCAAUCGGGGCCGUGGGUCUACUCGUAAAACCAAACGGAUCCUCUAUCCACGGGUCCCGACGAAACAACCAUAACGAACGGUGGUAACUGACGGGGCCGACGGUUUUUUUCAAAAGCACGUCGGCCCCGUCGAUAGAAAAAACCAAGAGCCAGAGCCUAUAUAUCGUUUUUUCUAAUGUUUUGCACUAAUCGCCACUGCGUGUAUUAUAUCAUAUUUCGAGAUCCCUCCCCAACUCUCUUACUGGUUUGACAGAUUAGCACAAUUCCGUUCGUUCGAAAGAGGUUUAGGUUUACGAUAAGUAAAGGCGGAUAGCUCCGAUCUGUGUCGAAAUAUAUGUGUGCCCGGUUUUUUGCGUGAUCUCUCUGGUGUGACCAUCUAAGAAUAGUGAAUAAGAUAGAAUGAAAUUGAUGUGUGAGCAGCUUAUAGUUGCACGGUAAGAGUGAGAUUGUGUAAUCAAAUAAAUUUACUGUUUAGCAUAAUUGGUAAACGUGUAUUACAUGACUAGAAUACCUGACGAGAUCUGAGUCUCAAGAAGACUUAAGCUACUUCAGCAUUUAUCAAACCCAGUGAAACGUAGAAUAUUCUUACUCGGAAUAUUCUUACCCAAAAAGAAACUUACUGCCACACAGUCACAUAGAAAAUUAUAUUUACAAUUGCAUCUGCAUUGUUUCUUUAUUCUAUCUAAAUAUAAAUAAUUUUCCCAUCAUUAAAUUAUUGAAAAAGUUAGAAAUAGCUCGAGUCUUCCUUCGUCGCAAAUCUCGGUGAUAAAGGGGGCUUUAGUGAAUAUUUAUUUAGAGGUCCUACAAUAAGAAUCUGUACAUAAGACGAUUUUGUCAAAAUCCUGCGAGAGAGAAGGAUAUUUACUAGUCUUUCUCUUUUCUAUCUUUUUUCUCUUUCUGUUUUUCUCUCUCUCGGAAUUUGAAGAAACAUGGCGGACCAAUCAACACUGGCUGUCUUAUGGCCAGAUUCUUAUUAUAGGGCCCCUAUAUUUAUUUAAUAACAUUUGUUGAAAAAUUGGUUUUAUCUCUCCACAUCUUUGGUUUAUCUACAAUUAAUUAAAUUUUUUUUCUCGUCUACGUCAAAAAUUUUGAUGUAGGAGAAGACUAGGUCGAUCGCUUUAGUUGUACAAAUCAAAUUAGUAACUAAAGCGAUGGAUCUAAACAGGUGCAAUGUGGUAAUAGACGCUAUUAUGAAACCAAAGCCAAUUAAUGUUGUAUUGACUCGAGAGAGCUGCACCUAAUUGCCAAAUGUUUGUAAGAAUGCGUUAUUUGUUUAUAUACAAUAUGUAACUUGUCAUUUCCAAGCUACACAAAAAUAUUCUAUUUUUUGCGCGUUAUAUCUUAAUGACAGAUUUCUGAAUUAUUUUAGAUAUCAUAAUUUUAUAUUUCAUAAUUUUUUCUUAUUUUUUGGAGAUCUAGAAAGAGAUCUAAAAUUGCAAACUUUCUGCCGGAUGAACAGCUUUCAUACUUUAUUUGAAGCUUGUUUCUGAAAUAUUUUCAUCUUUGGUUAUAACAUCCUUUAGCAAAAUGUUUUCUCGAUGGAGAUAACGGAUUUUAUUUCAUAAUUAUUUAUAAUGCCAUUGUUAUAUGAGCACAAUAUUAUCACAUUAUUUUUUAAACGGAUCAAUUUCAAAACACUGGCUAAAUGUAGAGUAUUACGUGGAUUGAGAUAGUAAGAAUUACAAAGAAAAAGAUACAUUUUCAUUUAGAGAGAUGAUUAACGUUAAAAUCAAAAUUUUAUAUUUAUCAUUUUAGGCAUUAAGUAAACCGGCAAUUUUUUUUGGUGUAAAGUUACCGCCGUUGAAACAAUCUUAUUCUAUCUUACAGUACUCUUUAUCUGUGCUUCAUGAAAGAUUAACAUUUUCUAAAAUAUUAACAAGAUUUUGGGAAGGAGGUAUAAAAUGCGAUUAACGUGACUGUCUGAAAAUGUAUGAAUGUGUUGGUAUGGCUUACAACACACCUAGAGACUGAUCGCAGCUAUCCGUAUUGUAUUAUAUAUUAUUGAUUUUUGAACUUCUGUUUCAAAUAUCUUAAAUGUAACACAUAUAUAGCUUAUUAUGUGAGAAUUUUACACUAGUGUGAAGGUGUGUCAAAAUUAUUGAUCGAUUGUGUGUGAAAGAAAAUCGUUUGGAUUGGUCAGAUUUUUCUAUUUUAAUUGAGUGAUUUGAAAGAAAGCGGGAAGAACAAACUCUCUGUUUAGAUGUCUUAUAUGUCUGUGUAUAAUGUGUCAUAAGUUCUGAAUGAAAUACGAUAAGACUUUUGAACUGUUUCCUGAUUGAACGAUAAUGAAAAAAAUAGCUUUACUGGUCGAGAGUAUUUAUUUUUCAAAGAAAGAAAGAAAGAAAAAGAAAGAAUCGCGUAGCAUGAAGAGAAGGAAUGCAAUUCACAUGUCACAAUUAUAGUCAAUAACUUUAACAUACAAAAUAGUUCAAGCAAUUAAAACUUAAAAACCACAUUCAUCACCGCGAACAUCACUGUAUACCACGUUAAAGGGAUUAUUUAGAUCGACUAUUUCAGAGUACACUAAUUAUCUCUUAUGAGUACAUUAAUUGAGAGAAUAAAAUAAUCCUUCUAUAUAAGAGAUGUAUGUACUGUUGUGCUUUUUCAUUUUCUUGUACAGUGAUUUCUCAUGAACUUUCUUCUUAUAAACGCGAAACACUAUUUAACGAUUACAAUUCUAAUGAUAAUAUUCUCUCACUCUUUCUCUCUCACUAGCGUGAAUUCUCAUCAAUAUACGUGUGCCGCGUGUACAGACAGAAAAAAAAUUUCCUCUAAACUUUGGGAAUGUCAGACUCUCGGAUUGCUCGACGCACGCGUGUGUGCAUGUCGGUUGAAUGUAUUUGUUAAUGGUCUCAGAAUUGCACAGGUGUGAGUUUUUACUACUAGCAAAAGUGAUGAUGUCGUUUGUUUAGAACACUGAGAACGCGUGUACUUCGUGGAGCGUGGUGAAGAACUGAGGUGAUUGAGUAAUGCAUAAGGCGAGCGGGGGAACACUGCGGUAUUAGAUGAGAAUGAGCAAAAGUCGUCCAGUGUAUGUCUGGUACAUAUUUAGAUCGAGAGGAGGUUGUUUAUAUACGUAGUGUAUGUAAAAAGGCUAAAUUAUACACACAGGUGUACACACGUACGUAUAUAUACGUAUAUAUAUACACACACACAGAUUUCAAUGAGGAGAGAUAGACGAUGUGGAGUUGGUUGAUUGCGCAUUCUGCCACGCUAUUAAGUCUAUAAAUUGUUAAAUCGAUCUACAUAAAAGCUGUGGUUUAAGACUUUUAACAGACAUUGGAACCAUACCAAGCUUGUUCGCACGAAUGUUCGCUGAGGCACGAAUGUUUACGCUUUGAUCCUCUUGACAUUUGAAAAUAUGUUCAGGGAGAAUGUAGUUCCUUACGACAUGAGAAGUAAAAAAAAAUAGAGUAAAAUAAAAUAACUUAUACAAGAGGUGAAAUAAAAUCACUGAUGGAUGACUGUAAGAGAUAAUAGUUGAUUGAUCAACUCGGACAUUCGUGCAUGAGCUGUCGCGAUUAUAUAGAUCUACGUGAUCUGACAAUUAAGUUUACAGACGUACCUCUUUUUUGCUAGCCUUUACAAACACAAAAAAAUUAGUAUUAAAUCAACACUUUAUUGUUUCGCAUAUAAACAAGAAUAAAAAAUCUUGGAAGAAUUUAUAUUCUUAAACAAUUUGCUUACAUGGAGAAAAUUUUUCUCUUUGUGUAAGCAAAUUAUGUCUGUUUAAGAUUAUAAAUUCUUCCAAAAUUUUAUAUUCUUGUUUAUAUAUGAGACAGUGAAUUGUUGAUUUGAUACUAAUUUUUUUCUGUGUAGACAAUACUAGAACAUUAAAUACUAGAACAUUAAUGCCAUGUUUUAUCUCUUUGCUAUGUUUUGUAUAAGUUUUGUUUUGAUAACGAAAUUUAUUACGAGCAAUAUGCUGAAUAAUCGUUGUACAACGUUUAUUUAGCAAGAAGAAUCAAUGUUUCACAAUUAAAAUCGAGAUAAACAGGAUCUUAAUGCUUAAUAAAAUUUCUUAUGUAAUUUUAUAUACAUUUUUCAGUUCAAAUUUUGAAGAGAGAUCUUACUGACAUCAUUAUCAUAAUAGAUGCUUAUCAGCAUUAAUAUUAUUAAAUUGAUUAUCAAUUUAAUAUUGUGAUAUUACUUUUGAUUCAAUUUAAGAAUUGUUUUAAGACCGAAAUUAAUGUUGUACAGUUUGAAGAACUUGAAAUGUAUAUUAAAAUCACGUAUAAUUGAGCAGUAAAAGUUAUAUAUACACACAUACGCACGCACGCACACAUACAUCUCAAGAUCUUUUUUUAAUUAUUUAUCAAUUAUAAUUUUUUAUAAAAAUUUUAUUGAUAAAUUAUAAAUGCCACAAAAUAAGAUCCUACAUCAAGAAAGAUAAUACGCAAUUUCGUUCAGACAAACUAACUAUAUUCGAAUUUAAAACAAAUAUUGCCUAUGGAUUUAGUUGUCAGGCCACGUAUUUCAAAUCGUUUGAAAUAGCGAUGCCUACGACGUUAUCGGCAUCCUCUCGUGAUCCCUGAAUCAGUGAGUUUUUUCGCAAGGGAUGAGAGUGCCCACUGCUCAAAGGAUGCCUUGCAAAACGAUUUGGAAGUGAUCUACGAAGUGUGUAAAUAUGGAUUGAUAUAAAGCAAUUUUAAUAUUGCUCACAAAAUGUAAACGAAUUUUAUUGUAGAGUUAGCUGCGCUCUGUAAAUCGCUCGAUAAUUGUUGUGUCCCAAGAGAGGGAGAGAGAGGAAAUGAAGAUGAGGCUGCGAGACGAAGUCCCUGAGACUAUAGUGUGUCGUGAACGUAACGUUGUCGUGUGAGAAUGUUGAAUUCCGAUCCGUCGAUCUCGCGGCUGUUAGGGAGGAUUUCGAGCCGCGCGUAUCGUGGAAGAGCGCGCGGCGAGGAAACCGGCGCGAAAAUCGGCAUUCUUUUACACUUUUGAGAUACUCCAAGCUGUAUACAAACAAGUCAAAUGUGAAUUGAGAUUACCGUGGAUUUUUUACCGUGUGUGAGAACGAUCUCACGAUUUUUUCGCGUGCCGCAACCCAUCAAGCGAAAGAAAGGUGUCGCAGUCUUCUUGUCCACAGCGAUAUUGUGCUGCGUGAAAUCUCGUAGAAUCGUGAAUACUGGACGAUCGCGUGAACGGCAUACGUUUCCCCAAUUCAUGCCGACGAUUCUGCCAUGUAAAAUUGUAAAACGUUUCCCGAGUUCGCCGAGUUGAUGCGAGAAUACUCAAUGCUCUCCGUAACGUUCUCCGUUGAUUGUAGUGUAUGUUAAAUUAUGCCGAGAAUAAAAGACCCAAGCAUCGUGGGGGUAUCACAGAUUCCUUUAAAUGCGAAUCAGCGAUGCACAGUUACACAUCUGCUGGCUGUCCCAGGAUUAGCAAGAGACGGAUGUGUAAUUGUCUCUUACAACUUUCAAUCUCCAGCUGCUUGUUUGCCAAUCAUUUUUAACAUUAGGACAGUAUUAUAUUUCAUGAACUACACUAGUAAAAAUAAAUUUUUUCAAAUUGAUCGCAUUUAAUAGAAUCUUUAUUUUGCAACUGUUGAAAAAGUUUUCUUUGAGAUAGGAUUAUUCUUCUAGAUCUAAAAGUAUAAUUCAAUCGGCGCAAAAGAAAAACUUCCUAUAGUUACAAAAUAAUCUAUUGAACGCAGUCAUUUAAAAAUUCAAAAUAGUAUAUUGAACGCGACUAAUUCGUUCUUCUAUUAAAUAAUAAAAUUUAAGAGAAGAAUGAAUGAUGAAAUGUCAUUAGUUCAAUUUUGAAUGGGUUUUGCUACAACAGAAUUGAAGAUUUUGAAACUGAAAUCUCGACUCUUGUUUUAUUUGACAAGAUUAAUGCUCUUCAAUUUUUUUCUCAUCAAUUUUGGGACAGCCAGGACAUCCAGUUAGUCCAAAAUUAUUGCGCCUAUAGAACUAGUGUUUUAAUACUAUUAUGUAUUUGGACAUAAAAAAAAAAAAACAUUUUAAUUUAUCCUA